AUGUAUCUGGGACGACAUUUUUUGGCAAUGACAUCGAAAGCACUGUUUGAUACUAAGAUCUUAAAAGUCAACCCGCUAUCAAUCAUUUUCUCCCCGACUGCGCAUAUAGAUGGAUCCUUACCAAUAAUAACUGAUCCUGAAACAGAAGCUGCAUUAGUUGAGGCAGCAAGUAUAAUAAGAGAUACAGAUGAAACUGUGGCUUUUCCGACUGAGACUGUUUAUGGUCUUGGAGGUUCUGCUUUGAAUGAUAAUUCAGUGCUCAGUAUAUACAAGGCCAAGAACAGGCCUAGUGACAAUCCUUUGAUCACACAUGUUUCAUCCAUUGAUCAACUCAACAGGAAGAUCUUUAAUCAAUCGCAUCUAUCAGGUGCAUCCUUGUUUGAUAACAUACCUUCAAUUUAUCGCUCAUUAAUUUCAAGCCUUUGGCCUGGCCCAUUAACAAUUCUUUUGCCAGUUCCACCUUUAGAGCAUAGUACAUUAUCAAAAUUAACAACUGCAGAUCAGCCUACGUUUGCAGUACGCAUACCUGCUAAUCCAGUUGCUAGAGCACUGAUCGCACUGAGCGAUACGCCAAUAGCUGCCCCUUCAGCAAAUGCGUCUACAAGACCAUCUCCUACUUUGGCGUCUCAUGUUUAUCAUGAUUUAAAGGAUAAAAUUCCCAUGAUUCUUGAUGGCGGAGCAUGCAAGGUUGGCGUAGAAAGUACUGUGGUUGAUGGGCUAUGCAAUCCUCCUAUGCUACUGCGACCUGGCGGUUUUACAUAUGAAGAAAUCACUAAAUUGGGCGGCGAAGCUUGGUCUCUUUGCAAGGUUGAGAAUAAGAGAACAGUUGAAAAGGGUGAAAAGGUAAGAACGCCUGGUAUGAAGUAUAGACAUUAUUCCCCUUCGGCCAAGGUUGUUUUAUUAGUUCCUCAUUGCGCGGCCAAUGCUAUUCAUAAAGAGGAGAAGCAGAUGGAAAGAUUGAACGAGUUGAUCAAAACGGAAUUAAAAGCCGACAGGAAUAUAAAAAAAAUUGCGAUUUUGACUUCCCUAAAAUUACGGGAUUCCGACUUACAAUGCAAGAUCUUUAACGACCCCGACCUUUUUUCGAAAACUUUCAUCAUUGAAAAACUUGGCCAGACAGGUGAAGAAAUACAAACUAACUUGUUUGCUGCUUUAAGAAAAGUAGAUGAGAAUGACAACGUUGACCUAAUAUUUGUCGAAGGCAUAAAUGAGGAAGGAGAAGGAUUAGCUGUUAUGAAUAGAUUACGAAAAGCGGCUGCAAAUAAUUGUAUACUAUUUUAA